AGGGAACAAACGCAAGUUUACACUUGGAGAGUGUUUCUUGGUUUGUUAUAAUCUUUGCAUCUUAAUACUUUCUAAUUCUAGUACUGUUUGAUUAUUUGAAGGAAGAUUUUAUUUGUAACUUUUUCUUUUUAUUUUACAUAUAUUACACACACCUAUCUGUAUUACACUACUUUUAAUAAAAACAAGGCCUCCCAUUGUGAGGAUCCUGAAAAGACAAAAAGGUAUAAGUCUGCCUCCUUCACUUAAAGAUUCAAACAAUAGAUUAAGUAGAAGACCUUGGAGAGGAGCCUUUGUUAGAAGACCGAAGGGACUUCGAAGGACCCCUGCGUUCAAGCAGAAAACCCCGAGAUGAUGCAGUGGGUGGAGGUGAAAUGACCUAAAGCUGUAAACACAGAACAGAAGCCAAAGCAUCAGUACAGAAAGAAUAAGGCAUUUGUCACUGGAUCUCUUUAAAAUCAAGAUGAACACCAGCAUCACUGUCACAUCCCUGUGUUUCCUUACUCUGUUUUCAUUAAUGGACUGUAGCACAUGUGACAUUAAUAAAUUAGAAGGUGAGACCAUGAGCUUUAAACUGACUGACAGUUCACUUAAGGAUAAUGAUCGAUUCACUAUUAAAAAAGACAAUCAAGUGUUAGUGCCCAAAAGAAAUAGGAAACAAGAAGGACCAGGGAUCGUGGAAAAUAACUUCUUAAAGUUACCAGAUGUGAAAUUGAGUGAUGCUGGAUCAUACACUGUUGAGGUUUUUGAUGGACGAGGCCAGAACUUAAACUCAUACACAAAAACCGUCUGUGUUUAUGCAAAAGUCUCAAAGCCAAGAGUGAAUGUUACAUGUCAGGAUGGGAAGAUUGACUUCAUAUGUGAUGUUGAAGACAGUAAAGAUCUAUCUUUCACCUGGGAAAAAAAUGGGGAAGAUUUCAAGAUGAAUGCAAAAGUUUUAAUAAAUGUUGAGGCGGACACUGUUACAAAGUAUACAUGUACUGCCCAGAAUCCAGUUCAUAAUAAUACAAGUGAUUCAGUAGAAGCAUCAUGUUUAAAGACCAAGGCGAAAAAUUCAAGUGAUACAUUGUUUGGCUUUGACCGUUGGGUUAUGGACAACAUCUUAGCUGCUGGAGGAUCUUUUGCACUGUUUGUGAUUGUGAUGGUGACUGUUGCCUGCUGUUUCUGUAAAUGCAGAGCGAGACAAAUGCGAGAUAAACAAAAUGUACUGUACAUCAACACCUCUCAGUCUUGUAGUGAUCAACAUUUGAACCAAACAACACAAGGUCAGUCUGCAACAGUGGAAAUUUAUGAUAAUAUUUCUGCCAGAGAAGUAGCUCAAGUCUAAUAUAAGACAAAAUCUAAACCCAGAAACCAGAAGACGGAUUAGUAAAUAAAAGUCAGGUGUGAUAUCCAGUUCUUAUUGUAUAGACGUGUGUAUGGAGUUACUCUUUAAAUUUUAUUU